AAUACAGAAAUCGAAGUUUGAACAUUAUCCUUGGAGCGAGUGCCCACGAUGGACCACAUUGCGUACCAAGGCAGCACCAUCUAUGACGCUGCUCUCAAGGGAAACUUUCCGCUAGUCGUCCUGUUGUGGGGUAUGGUCGCAGCCCAGCAAUCGAGUCCGUUCACGCCCGACGAGCACAACAACUCGAUCGUCCAUUUUGCUGCGGCAGGUGGCAACGUCGAAAUCUUGCACUUCUUCGCGCAGCAGGCCAUGCUCGUGAGCCCAAACGUCACGACCAUCAUGGAUGCACUCAACAACAACGGUGAAACUCCACUCAUUCGCGCGGCGCACGUCGGGAAUUCCUUGGCGGUCAAAGUGCUCGUGGACAUGGGUUGCAACAUGAUGCACCAAGACGCGAAUGGGAACACUGCCGCUCAUCACGCAGCACACGAAGGGCACUUGUGGACGCUGCAUUACUUGCUGGAAGCGCAAGUGGUUACCGAUACGGAGAGCGUUCGUGGCGGCCAAUGCUGCAUGAAGCGCGAUGUUCUGCAAUGGGCGUGCGAAGGAGGAAAAGAGCAAACGAUAAACUACAUCUUGAACCGAGGCCACAACCCCAACAUUCCCGACAUCGAGGGUCGAACAGCUCUCCACCACGCCACGCUGGAUGCAGACAAGGACUUGAUCAAGAAACUCGUGUCGUAUGGCGCCGAGACCAACGCGUCCGACGACCGCGGCCUCACGGCGCUCUCCACGGCCAACAACCUGGGCCGACACACGAUCGUGAAUAUGCUUCUGCACACAUCUCGUCUGUCCAAUGACCUGAACCCGGUGCCCAAGUCGUUUGGCCACCGUCGACGCACAAGGCUUCACGUCAUGGCACUGUAUGCCGUCCUAUGGGUCGCCUGUUUGAGUCUCAGCUACGUCGCGCCAUGGUAUUUGUUCCUCCCGGGGCUGCUAGUGGCCAUGGUUUUGUCCAUGCGAAGCAUGGCGAAGCGUAACCACAAACAUUCCAAAGACCUCAAGACCAACAUUCCGUUUCCGCCGCAUGUCGCCCUCACGCUGGUGCGCCACACCCGCGGCUCGGUCUUUGAAAUCCAAGAAACUCAAGUCGAACUGCACCGUCUUCUGCAAGAAGAACGGCCGUUGCAUCCCCUGGGGAAGGCCUGGCGGUGGUUAAAAGGGCAGCCGGAAGUGGCCAUCGGACUCUGGCUCGGGUGGUUCAUUGGGUUCUCCGCCUCUUUGGGCCAUCGUGUGUACGUGGACAUAGCUGCAGACACGUUGGGGUUUUGGAACGACCAUGUUGUGGUUUUGGGGGUGUUGGUGUCGUUGGAAUCGAUUUGCAUGGUCAUGUGGAUGGUCCUUAUCACAGGGGAUCCUGGCCAAGUCGCGACGGCCGAUAAGGACUUUCCCGUGCUACUACAAAAAGCCGCCAACGGGUUUGAUCCGCUCGAGCACUUGCACUGUAUCACAUGUUUGGUGGCGAAACCAAUCCGAUCCAAACACUGUGCAUCGUGUGGGAUGUGCGUGGCUCGCAUGGAUCACCACUGCAUCUGGAUCAACACUUGCGUGGGGCUGCACAACCACCGGCUGUUUGUAUUGUUUUUGAUUGGGCACUGGGCCGUCUUGGCGCUGUAUUUCACACUCGUUGUACUGUGUACGUCUAUAUAUUCUGAAGAGUUUUUGUAUCAAACAACUACUGAAAUGUCUUGAAUAGAUCUCCAGUCCAAGCACUUGUAUGUCGAGCAGUUGCUGCAUACCGCCUUGCCUGAAGUGACCGUGGUGGGAUGGGCACUGGUCAGUGGCUUGUUCCUUGCCAAGUUGCUGUGGGACCAACUCAAGGGCGUGAUGCGCAAUGUGACUGUGAACGAAGCCAUCAACUGGAAGCGAUACUCGUAUCUAAACCGCGACGGGACGUUGGUGAAUCCGUUUAAUUUGGGCUGGCGAGCCAACGCAGCCGAGUUUUGGACUCGGUCCGUCGACUACUUGACUCUUAUGACCGCCCCAGUUAAGACGACAACUCAACAGGAUCAGUAAUAACCCACCUCCACAAACUAAUACAAUGAAUUCUCCUUCUAUUGUAG